AUUGCGAACAAGGCUUCCAAAGCUCACCGGCAUUUCGCGGACAGCGGCCGGCGUUCUUUUCUCAUACAAUUAUCAAAAAAGAAAUCACAAUCAACCGGGCAGACAGUUGAUUAGGACCGAGGAAGAUGAUGAUUCGCAGAGUGACCCUAAACUCGCUCGACUUAUUAUCUCAUCGCUUGAUGAGAUGAUUACUUUACAACAUCGUUCCUGGCCUGUUUUGGGUUGUUCUGUUUGCGAUAUCUGUGAUAACGAUUCACGAGAAGACUCGACUCGAAAUUAGUACUGGAAGCGCGUUUGUGAUAACUGCACCGGGGUUAGUUGUCCUCCUCGGAGUGAUCGAGCGGAAGUAGUAAAAAAAAAUGAAUCCCGUUCCGGAGGAGGAAGAAUUGCAAGCUUUGCGAUCGAAAUCGAACCGAGUGGAGGUGAAUUAUGAAAGUUGUAAAACGGAUAACGGUGUUUCGUGUGGAGUCACGUGCGUCAAACGGCAGCUUCGUCAAAGGAUAAGCAUUUUGAACUGGAUAACGAGUUACAAUCGGGAAGAUGUGAUAUCGGAUUUUAUCGCCGGAGUCACCCUCGGGUUGACCAUCAUUCCGCAGAGUAUAGCAUAUGCGGCCCUCGCUGGAUUACCCUCGCAGUACGGUCUUUAUGCAGCUUAUAUGGGAUCUCUGGUCUACGUCAUCUUCGGCACGGUAAAGGAAGUCUCGAUCGGACCAACGAGUUUGAUGGCCCUCCUAGCCGUCCAGUACACCAUGGACAAACCAAUCCAAUACAUGAUCAUCCUUGCGUUCCUAGCCGGUCUAGUAGAACUGCUAAUGGGCGUCCUCAAGCUAGGCUUCCUGGUCAGCUUCAUCCCCAUCCCGGUCACGUCGGCCUUCACGUCCGCCACUGCCUUGAUCAUCGUGGGCACUCAACUGAAGCACAUCUUCGGAAUCCCUUCCAAGGCCCGAGGAUUCUUUCAAACGCUGUAUAGCCUCGCGACACGAAUAGUUGAAAGCAAUCCGGGCGAUCUGGUUUUGGGAGGUUUUGCGAUCGUUUUUCUCUUGGCACUGCGUCAGAUUACGCAAAUUCCCGUUGAUGACAAAACUUCCCGAGGGAAGGUGUUGAAGAAGUUCUUGUGGUAUCUAAGCUUAUCGAGGAACGCGUUGAUCGUGCUCAUCACCUCGGCAAUCGCGUUCAAAUGGAAUAGUUCUGGAGAGCCGGUGCCCUUUAAACUGUCCGGUCACGUCCAGCCAGGGAUUCCCGGAUUUGAACUACCGAUCUACAACGUCCAAUCGGGAAACGUAACCAUCACGUACUUUGAGGUGGUCAAGGAGCUUGGAAGCAGUCUGGUGUUGGUGCCGCUGGUAGCGGUCCUAGCCAAUGUGUCAAUCGCUAAAGCGUUCUCCGCCGGCAAGAUAGUGGACGCAUCCCAGGAGAUGAUUGCCCUCGGAUUGUGCAACCUGCUCGGGUCAUGCUUCAGUGCCAUGCCGACAUGUGGCGCCUUCACCCGUUCGGCCGUCAGUCACUCGAGUGGCGUUCGAACGCCACUAGCCGGGAUCUACUCGGCCAUAAUGACACUGCUGGCCUUAAGCCUGCUCACUCCGUACUUCUAUUUCAUCCCCAAAACCACCCUGGCUGCAGUGCUGAUCUGCUCCGUGGUCUUCAUGGUCGACUUUAGCAUCGUGAAGGUCCUCUUCAGGGCGUCCAAAACGGACAUUCUGGCUUGGGGUGGAUGCUUCUGCGUAAGUCUGUUUGCCGGAGUGGAAGUGGGUCUGCUGUUCGGAAUCUUGAUCAGCAUCGUUGGAUUGCUGAAGGUUUGGGUGCGGCCUGGGAUACGACAGGAUUCGAUAGAGAAGCAGGGACACAGAUACGUGAAACUCAGCCCGGAGACGGGAAUCUUCUUCCCAGCUGUAGAUUUCUUACGGACUAAGGUUAUCGAGGUAGCCACCGAACAGAAGGUUCCGAUCGUUGUGGACUGCUCGUCGGUUAUCGGGCUGGACCAUACCUCGACGAAGGGCAUGAAGGAACUGGCCAGUGAGUUGGAAAAGGUUAAGCAGAAGUUGAUUCUGCUGAAUUUGAAGCCCUCGUUGAAGAAGGUGCUCCAGGAGAAUAACGCAGAGAUUUUCACCUUCUGGGAGGAUGAAAGUGAGGCGGAAAUGGAGAAUAACAAUGUUGCCCGGAACAUGGCCUGAACGAUUCCUACAAGGAUGUCUUCCCACAUCGUACAAUUUUGCUGUGAAACCGUUGAGACUUAUUACAAAUGUGUCCUAAAUGGUUACGAAUUAUAGGUAUAACUAGGUAAUAAUACUUCAUAGAGUAUAAGUUUCAGUAAAAACAUAUAAUGUUAAUUGCACUUUUUUAUACAUGAAAAAAGAACUCCAUAUAUAAAAAGCAAUGCGUUGCUGCGUAAAGGAGUAGAUUUAUUGAUCUAAAAUACAACUCUUAAAGUCAAAAAAGCUCACAACAGGCUUAGACCCUUACAAGAUAUCAGAUGUACUGUAGAUCGAACAAAUCAAAAUAAAAUGGCUUCCUCGCUGUAAUGGGGUUGGGAUUUUUCAAACUUCUGUUUAUCAAUACCUCAAUCCAGUAGCGUAGCUAGGGGGGUGCGGUCCACACCGGGCCCCGAGCUCCUAGGGGCCCCAAAAUCGCAGUGCGGGUUUCUCAUAACAUUAAAAGAUCGACAUAGCUUGUAGGAAAUUAACAAUUUGUAAGAUCCCAUAAAGAAAAUGAGUAUGUCAACUUUGUCAACAUUGUCAAGCAUAAGUUUUGGAGGAUACUUGGACAGGGACCCCUUGCUCAUCUCUAAGUUUAGGGUGAGUCGAGGGCCCCGAGUGAACCGUGGUUUUGGGCCCCCACAUUUCAGGGGCCUUCACAAAUAUUUAUUUUCUAAGUUAUUGUCCUUUUUGUUGUUCAAUCGAUUGCACGCAUGAGAAAAGCAAGCCUUCUAAUAGCUAAACGCGGCCCUGAUGUAGAUAUUUAAGCUGGCUCUGAUACCUAUUUUGAAGAUGUUGAUGAUUGAGAAUGGAUGUUGAAUUAAUCUAAUAUAUUCAUAUUUAUAUGAUACUCCAUGAAUUCUGAAUCUAAUCAAAUCAACUCAAGUUUGUAGGCCUCCAAAAAUCUGAAGCAUUGCUGAGUUUUUAACUUGUAUUCAUUUUCUUACUUUCUGAACCAUUCUCAUUGCCAUAAAAAAUGAUACAGAGAUCAUCUCAAUAGAAUAUAAAUUAGUUGAAGACUAAAGGUGUACAUUUUUGUAAGAUUACAAUGUUUGAGGUAUAUUCAUAAUCAUGAAUUUAGUAGGAUGAGUAAGCUAAAGAUUUUGAUUUUUUAUCCACUAUUCAAAUUGAUGCAAAUAGUUUUCUUUUAUGUCCAAGACCACUUGAGAGGCUCAAGGCGAGGGAAAAUAGUUAGGGUUCAAACAAAUAAUGUACGAAACAAUUAAUUUGACGAAUUUUAA